CCACGACCCGCUCGACUCGACUCACAACGUAAAAGAGACGGACCCUAAAUCGAAUUGCUUGCUACCCUGCCGCUUAUCCUCUGGAAAAACCCUGAAGCUUAAACCCUAAUUCUCACCUCUUUUAAGUUAUAUAUUAAUAAAUAAAACAUCAAGCCACAUUAUCAUCUUUCUGGAGCUUCAUCGAACAAUUGAAUCAUGAAGUACAAGAACACCCAGAAGAAGAUGGAUGGUUCAGCCCACAAGGGCAAGAACAAAUUUUCGUUAAACCAAGACCCCUUUUUCGAGGGCGAGACGAAGAAGAGGAGAAAAAUUAAUUAUGAUGAUGAUGACAUUGAGUCUGGAGAAUCGGAAGACUACGAGAAUAACAACGAAUAUGGGGGAGGUGGGUCCGACGACGGUGAUAGCGAGGUGGAGGAGACUGCGGAUGAGAAGAGGAAACGGGUGGCGACGGCUUAUUUGGAGAAGAUAAGAGGGCUUGCAAGGAGGGAGAAGGAGGAGGGGGAGGAAGAGAAUGGAAGUGAUGAGGAAGAGAAAGAGGGUGAAAGAGAUUCGCUUGUUGCAAAGAUUUUGCAGCAGGAACAGUUGGAGGAGAGUGGGAGAGUUAGGAGAGUGAUUGCUUCAAGGGUUCAAGAGCCUCAAAAUAUUCAUGAGUUCCGGGUUUUAGUGAAGCAUCGGCAAUCUGUCACUGCUGUAGCUCUUUCUGAGGAUGAUUCAAAGGGCUUUUCAGCUUCCAAAGAUGGCACCAUUUUACAGUGGGAUGUUGAUAGUGGGAAAAUUGUGAAAUAUUUAUGGCCUAGUGAAGAUGUGCUGAAGUCCCAUGGUGCCAAAGAUCCGCAAGGUCAAGCUACCAAACAUAGUAAACAGAUUUUAGCAUUGGCUGUUAGCUCUGAUGGUCGGUAUUUGGCUAGUGGAGGCUUAGACCGUCAUGUUCACUUGUGGGACGCCCGCACACGAGAGCAUUUACAGGCUUUUCCAGGUCAUAGAGGACCUGUGUCUUGUUUAACUUUUAGGCAAGGGACUUCCGAACUUUUUUCUGGUUCAUUUGAUCGAACAGUCAAUAUAUGGAAUGCAGAAGACAGGGCUUAUAUAAACACUUUAUUUGGUCACCAAAGUGAAGUAUUGACCAUUGAUUGCCUACGCAGAGAACGGGUAUUGACUGUUGGACGUGAUCGGAUUAUGCAGUUGUUGAAGGUACCUGAGGAGUCACGUUUAGUGUUUCGAGCUCCUGCUUCAUCUCUGGAAUGUUGUUGCUUUAUCAGCAACGAUGAAUUCUUGUCUGGCUCAGAUGAUGGAAGUGUUGAGCUUUGGAGUAUAUUGCGGAAGAAGCCUGCUUACAUUGUGAAGAAUGCCCAUCCUUUGUUGAGUGGCUACAAGAAUACUGAACAAAAUAAGAAUGGCCAGACCUCCAAUGGUCUUAUGGAGAGUGGUGAUCAUGAUCCUACAACCUAUCGUUCCUCGUCAGCGUAUUCGUGGGUCAGUUCAAUUAAUAUAUGUAGAGGCAGUGAUCUUGCUGCAUCAGGAGCUGGUAAUGGUUCUGUCCGUUUGUGGGCAAUCGAAAGUGAAACCAAGGGCAUUCGACCCUUAUUCAACCUUCCAUUGGUUGGGUUUGUGAAUUCCCUUGCUUUUGCAAAAUCUGGACAGUUCCUUGUUGCUGGUGUAGGAAAGGAACCUCGUCUCGGAAGAUGGGGAAGUCUUCCAGCAGCUCAAAAUGGAGUUGCUGUUCAUCCCAUUACACUCUCAUGAUAGGGAUACGCAAAUGAUUUUUCUGAUCUCCAAUUUUGACUAGUGUGAGUUGGGAAAUCAAGUGAAAUUAAUAACAUGUUUUCUUUUGUUCAAAUUUAUAAAUUAUUUGAAUAUAGCAGUUUGUAUCCUCCAGUUUUGUUGUAUCCGGCACCUCCCUUUUUCCUGAUGCCUUGUGUCUUUGUUCACUUGGACUUUAAAAAAAGUAAGAUCAAAUACAUUAUGCAACCAUCGAGGAUAGAUGGUCAAGUGAAAGAAGAUAUUGAUUAAUUGUUCAAGGGAGGUUCAUAAUUUAUUUAUUUGAACAUUCAAAACUUCUUUCUUUGUGGCA